AUGAAGAAAGAGGUUGGUUGGACAGCAUCGGGGUAUUUCGAUAUUUCUCCGAUCAAAGUCAAUACCAAGGAAUGGGUUUCGGGUGUUACACAUGGCCUUCAACGAUUAUAUGUAGUCUUACGAUAA